CCGGAGAGUGACGCCAGAACCACGGAUAGUGGUGGCAAGAUUACCCAAGUCAUGUCCACUCCACAAGACGACUACUUGCUACUAAUCGAGCCUAAUCCGGUGCUGCCGCCUGAGUAUAAUUCGUUACCUCCAGGUGGCUGUCCAAAGUUCCCCAUCUUCCACCACGAGGAUGUCCCUCAUGGACUACAUAACGGCUUGCCCGAGUACACCCCUUCUAUCUACAAAAUUGGACCCAUUUCUCGGAAGGUUGAGUGGAUUAGUCCGUAUGAGGCGUCUACCAGCCGGUCCUGGAAAAACUAUAUCAUCGAAUUAAACUCCACCCAGUUAAACCUUUAUUCGGUUCCCAGUAACCUCGAGUCCCACAUGUUGGGAUUCCAGAUUGAUGAUUAUGGCAGUCAUCCUCCAGUAAAAGUUUCUCAGGAUGAUGAUUUCUACGCAUUAAACUCGACCUUAUCCAACAGAUACGACUAUGAAUUCUUCAACUACUGUAAGCGGAUGAAGGCUGUGAAGAAAUUGGUCAGGUCUUAUUCUUUACAGCACUGUCGGAUUGGAUUGGCAUCCGAUUAUAAAAAAAAAACCAACGUCUUGAGGGUCAGAAUUGAAAGCGAACAGAUUUUAUUGGCAUUCCAAAACACAAAAGACUUAAUAGACUGGAACUUGGCCUUGAACAUCGGUAAGGAUUUGGCUCUUGAUCUUAUUGAUAGAGAACUCCCCAAGUAUAGAACGGUUCCAAGACGGAGAAGAAGAAGAGCUGAUGGACUUUCAGAACCUUUGUUUGUGAACUACGACAGUGUCGCAUCCACUUACAAUAGAUCCAGGUCUCACUCAGAACCCACCAACUUGAUCAACAAAAUGUCGCGUUUAAAGCUUCGUUUGAGAAGAGACCUGUCUGUGAACCUUAGCACUCUGACCGUCAAUUCUUCUGCAUCGUCAAUCUUGGCCAAUUCCAAUUCUAAUUCGGUGCUUUCAAUGAACACUUUAAGUUCGGUUCCUCAACUGGAUUUGACAUCAAUCGAACCUUCAAGUAUUGAACCUUCAGGAAUAGAAGACAAUGAUAAUGACGAUGACUUAAGUGACUACAACUCCGACUACGAUGAUGACUUUGACAAUGAUAAUGAUGACUCUGAACUUGAAAGACCCAGAGCCAUGAAACCUAGAGUCUCCAAGUCAAAGUCUGAGGAAAAGAGGUGGUCUCCUAAUCCUGAGAAUCAAACUAUUCGAAAGUACUAUAAGAACAGCUUGAGGUGUAUCAAGCCUUUGAACUUUGAUGAUACCUGGACUAACUUAUAUGUAUAUUUACAAUCGUUUUCUAUUCAACUGUUUGAGUCUCCUUUCAAAGCUUAUCACUACCAAUCGGCUAACCUCAUUGGUGAAAAGCUGGCUUAAUUGGUUAUAAAUAAAGCUCUUGAAUUCGUAGUUCAAGUCCAUGGUAACAUUGCACUCUAGCUUUUUGGUGAACUUAUUUUUCACUGAUUCAAAGGUCCACGUACAUUGUAAAUAAUUGAACUGCCCCGUAUGACAUUUGCUGAUGAUGGUACUAGGCGUGAAGUCCAAUUGGCAUUCAACUUUUUCGGUAAACGUUUGGAAUUUUAAGGUGUAAUAUCCCGUACCAUGACCCUUGGAGACCUUUGGAUCUGGAUAUUGAUAGUCAUGGCCUGACUCUAUUACGUAUGGUACAAAAUGCUUGUAAUCCUUGACAUCUAGGACUAUAUCAUAAAUCUGCUGGGGAGCACAGUCAAGACGCUUUGUGUAUCUAUAGCUAAGGAAUCUGGCUCUUGUGGAUAUCUCAAGAGAGCGAAUAGCAGCAGGUGUAUAGAAACUAGUGGGAAAGUACUGUAUGCAAUGUCGUAUAGAAGUUAGAUUCCUCAUAGCGAAUUUUCAAUUUAACCAACUCGCUCAUAUGUUGCUAAUUCAAUGAAAUCCGCAAAAGCCAUCCCCGACCAACCAAAUAAUGGUUUCAAGAGAACACCUACACAAAAUGACACGAUAGCUUCUAGCUUUACAGGUCGUAUAUAUUAAAUAUGAUGUACAGAUUUAUUCAGCUCUAACAUAGAUGGAUUGUUUAGAGUGCUUGGAAACUGGACGGAUAACACCUUCGCUUUCCAAUUGUCUGAUGGCAACUCUGGCAAUAGAACCACCAAUCUUCAAUCUGUCGACCAAAACGGAAACGGAAAUGAACUUGUAAGUUGGGACAUCCUUGAUGAUCUUGUCGUAUUUUUCCUGGUCCAAGAUGACAAUGUGCUGAGCCUUGUCCUUAACUUUACCCUUGCUCCACUUUUUCUUACCUUUCUUACCACCGGCUAAGGCAGCAGCGGCUUUAGCUGCUUUGGUUUGUUGAACUUUUGGAGCCAUUUUAUGGGGUGAUGAUUCACUGUAUCUGUAACUAUGCUUGUUGGGUCUGAAAAUUUUUACACCAUAGAUGUGGAUAUGGAUAAUCAACCAGGUUCACAGAUGGAAUCAGAAUCGAUCUAACUGUCUAUAUUCACCUUACUUGCACUUCAAAAUCUCUAGUCAUAUUGGGCAUUCAUUACAUACUUUGAAUAACUUCUAUGUCCUAUA